UAUGUCUGUUUUUAAAACAUAUUCCAUUAGCACAGUUUUACAUCUGUUAGAUUGAACCACACGAAACAGCUGAUAUUUAUGAUUCCAUCUGGAGUGUAUAAUUUAGAAAUGCACACACCCAUUCUCAGAGUACGUGCCCAGCUAAGGCUGGAGAUGGUGAGCUGGGAUUCAGAGAGCAGCUUGCCUAUAGGGAGCGGCAUCUGACCCAGCAUUACGAAUUGUUAGCUCAGCCUGGGCACCGUGCCCAGUACCGGGGGUCCAGGGAAGCCCACACAGUGGCAGCCUUGGUACCUGCUACGGUCACAGGAGGUAGGCCAACUGUGACAGGAUGCGCGUCUGUAAGGCUGGGAGGUUUGCCCUGAGUGAUUCACUUUUUUGCUGUCACCUGACCCAACAAGAUUUGUGGGCUUGGUCUGGCCGAUGGGUGACUCCAGUUAAACCCAGGACAUUACUAUUGGGAACCCCUCAGGCCCAUCCCCGUGGCUGGGAUCACAAUUCUUGCCCUAGGCUCUGUUACUCACCGGUGCCUGUGUCCAACACAUUUGAAAAAUGUUCAACCUGACCCAGGCAGGUUCUAGGUGCCGGAGGUCGCCAGCAAACCAAGCAAGUGGGAAGGGGAGAAGAAAACGACCCGUAAAACACAAGGUAUUUCAGAUGGUGCUGAUUCCUGUAGAAGAAAUCCAGGAAGGGGGUAGGAAGUGCAGCUCUCAAUAGAGGCCAGGGAAGGCCUCAGUAGGAGACCUGAGGAGAGGGAGCAAACCGGAUUGCUAACGAAGAGCUUUCCAGACCGUCCAGCAAAUGCUCAGGCCCCAGGGCACAGAAGCAGCCAGCGCGGUGGACAGAGGUGAGCAGCGGGAAUGGUGGCCACCUGUCUCUUCACAUGCAGGCAGAGACCCGACCUGCCCUCUGGCCCCAGGGCCCAGCACUGGGUGAGUGGGUGAAUGCGAGUGUAGGACUGGCCGACGGGGACUGAAGGAGUCAGGGAGGGCCUGCUGAAGGUUUGGGAGGGGUCGCCACGGGAACACAAUGGCCCUGAAUUCCGGUAGAGACCUAAAAGAGAUAGUGGUGCAGGUUAAAUUGGAAAGCCUGGUGGGAGAGAGGAAAAAGGGCCUUGGGAACUGCACGGGAGCUGAGGUUUGAUUUUUCUUUGGGACGACGGGAAAUCACUGUCAGUUCUUGAGCAAAGUGCUGUGAGUGUGCAAGAGAUUAGAUUUGGGGCAAUUAAAUCUGUUAGGAUUCGGAGGACACUUUGGCGCAGAGCGUGAAGGUGGAGGCGGGAGGCCAGGAGCUGACGGGCAGGUGAGGGCCCGGAUAGGCAUGCGGAGAGAUGGGGAAAUGCAGCAAAGACUGGGGGGUGUGGGUCUGGACCGACCGCGGAAGAGGCUCAGGACCCGUGGGGGAAAGAACAGGAGGGGUGAGCAUAGGUUCUGUCUGAAUUCCAGAGAAAGUUGCUCAUUUAGGAUGGGAACCAAAAACAACCUCUUAUACCCAAAUUUGAACCAAUUGAACGCCAAACAGGAGCAGCGUCUUAGCAUUUAGACAUAUUUUAGCAUUUGGUUUGAUUUUUGAAGUCUAAGUUGAACGUCACUUGGUGAAAACACCAGGGAUCCGGGGAAAUUCCUUUCCGAGCACAAAUCUUUGUGACAGUUGGGGGCAGUCAGAUGGGGCUGCUCAGUGCUUAUUCCAAGUGGACCUGGGGUUGGAGGCAAGAUGGGAGAUGGGGGGCUCUCAACUCAUCACUGAGUCUCAGCACAGUAUUGAUGGAUGACUUCCUCAGUGAAAGCCGAGUCUGUUUCUCCCCAGUUAUAACGAACUCAUUCAUUUAUUCAGUAAAUACUGAGUGUUCCCUACAUACCAGGCACUGUUCUAAGAGGUCAAAGUUCUAGGCUGGGAGAGUGUAGCCCCCAGGACAUAAGGCUGGGUGGUGGGGGCUAUCCCUGGGACUGCUUCUCCUCGCCUUUAAACAGUGUCAGCCGAGCUGGAGGCUGAACCCCCGGAGGGCAGACAGAUAGCUGUUUCCGAGGUCCCCCUGCACCCCCUGAGCCUGGAGGGCUCCCUCACUGCCCCCAGCCUUUUGCCCUUCCCAGUUAAUAGCGUCAGUGUCCCCAGAACCAGCUCCCCCUGGCCGCUAAAAGACCUCGCGGAGUGUCAGAUUGGUAGCGGCCCCGGAAGUCGUGGGACAUUCCCUGGGCUCCAGUCCUGGGAUGUUUAUUCUACAGACGGGGCGGAGGGUGAGAAAGGAAAGGAAGAUGUUGCAAUCCACUCCAUCCACGGCAGCUGCAUCAUCUGAGGAGAGGAAGCAGGGGCAAAGACAGGACACCAAGACGUGGAGCCUGCCAGGUCUGUCAGCCCUGACUGAGGCCGCCCAGUUCUCCGCCUGCCGGCAGCCCGAGGAGAUGAAGCAACCCGGCCCACGUGCCCGGCCUCCCACCCGUGACUUUACUUGAUGACAAACUAGAAACUGAAACAGGUCGGGAUUCCCCGUUUGAAGUCGGAGAUGAGUCACUGCUGAGAGCAGCUGCAGUAGCGGAGAAGUGGCGCCAGAGAGGCAGGCGUGAGCAAGGCUCUGAGGCGGGCAGGUGAGCAGGGGACCGAGGCAGGCGUGAGCCCAGGGCACUGAGGAGGGUGUGAGCCCAGGGCUCUGAGGCAAGCAGAACGUCUGAGGGUCCCAGCGGAACAUGGCAGGUGACCGCGAGGUGGUGGCCAUGGACUGCGAGAUGGUGGGCCUGGGGCCCUUCGGGGAGAGCGGCUUGGCCCGCUGCAGCCUCGUGGACCUCCAUGGCACCGUGCUCUAUGACAAGUUCAUCCAGCCGGACGGGGAGAUCGUUGACUACAGGACGCGGGUCAGCGGGGUGACGCCUCGGCACAUGGAGAAAGCCACACCAUUCACCGAGGCCAGGCAGGAGAUCCUGCAGCUCCUGAGAGGCAAGCUGGUGGUGGGUCACGACCUGAAGCACGACUUCAAGGCCCUGAAAGAGAGCAUGGACGGCUAUGCCAUCUACGACACGUCCACCGACAGGCUGCUGUGGCGCAAGGCCAAACUGCAGAACUGCAGGCGGGUCUCCCUGCGGGUGCUCAGCGAGCGGCUGCUCGGGUGGCACAUCCAGAACAGCAGGUCAGGACACAGCUCGGUGGAAGACGCCAGAGCAACCAUGGAGCUCUACAAAAUCUCCCGGCAACUUCGAGAGGACUGAGGGCUGCUUGCCAGGCGGUGUGGGACCGAAGCUCCGUUCGGUCCUUUCCCCAGGGACUGGAGGCCUGGGUCUCUUCGGGACAGGAACUCGCUUGCUUUUGGAAAAUGCAUCUUUAGCAAUAAAAUUACUAUAUUUUGUUUACU